CUCUUUAUUGUUCCGUUUUAGGGAGAUCUGACAAUUCAGCACAACAAACUGUUUGGAUGUGGAGACACAGCCAGCAAUGGUGGGGCAGGGAUGUUAACUUUACAGAGACCGAGUUUAUUCAGAACUUUAUCACUUCGAGGGCAGCUUUUCAUCAUAUAUGUCAGCACCUCUCCUCUCAACUCUACAGGCAGAAGCCUUGAUGCAAUACAGUAAAUCGGACUGCAGCAGGGGCAGAUCAUCACAUGCUCGGUAACCUUGAUAGCAUUUUAAAGUCCUCUGUUUGAACAGUUGUAUACGAACUUUACAAUACAAACUACGUCCCACAUCCAGAGGCUUGAAUAAAGUUUUAUCUCUGUUUAUUAACAAGCUCUAAUUUCUCGUUGUCUCUCCACUGUGCAGUACUAUUCUAGCCCCCCCAUGGUUUUGCUAACUGCUACCAUUUUUCCUGCUGGGCGGUGCAAAGUUGUGAUGAAUGCGACGGAAAGUGACGUCAAAGUCACAUCUAAUCCCACUUGGUCGUUCCCACUGGAGUCACAUUCCGAAAGAUCAGAUACGAGUCGGAUUCAGGACCACAUAUGAAUGUGGCUCAAAUGUGACUUGAAAAAGUCAGAUACGGGCCAGAUAUAAGCGGUCACACUUGUUCUAAAAGUUCGACCUGGUCACUUCAACCCAAAAAAAAAGUUUGGGCCACAUUUGCCUGCAGUGUGAACAGGUCCUUAGUUUUUUGUCAAGGUGGAUGAAAUUAUGAAUAGCCCGUAACACCAGUUGGUUCUGGUCCAAAACCUUCAGGUAUCUGCUAAAAAGGUGAAGAUGAAGAAAGAUUUUAUUUUUUAUCAUCACAGUGAGUCUGAUCAUACAUCACAUUAAUAUAAUGAGAUGAUGACAUGGCCCAGUAAGAGUCCAGAACUAAAUCUGGCAGAACGUCUGUGGGAGGCCUGUGGAAGAGAGAUGUCUUUACAGUGGAAUAGAUCUGGUGAACGUUUUCUGGUAGAAGGGACAAUUAUGGCCAAGCUAAGAUGUGGGUUGCUGAUGGUCUCUAACAAGAAGACUAAUUGCAGGAAUUGAAUCAAAACUGGGUUCGGUAAAGUGUUAGUAUAAAGGCGUGUACACUUAUGCGACCAGUGUAUUGUACCUUUUCUAUUUUGGCCAUUCGAACACAUUUGGUUGUUUUCCAGUUAAAUUCUACAGGGUAAAUAUCACAUUCAUUGUGGGAAAUGGUUUUGAAAUUAUUCAUCUUAUUUUUCUAAAUGACAUAAACUUGACAUUUUAAUUAGGGGCUACACACUUUUGAGACCUAUUGUAUGUAGUCCCUGUUGUAUAUGAAAGUCCUGGGUGUUAGGUUAGAACAUUUCUGGAGGUCUUAGGUAUUCUUUUUUCCAUUUUUAUCUGGUGUAUUAUUGUCAUGUCAUAUGAUACUCUAGUUUAUCCACACCAGUAGAGUCAGAUCCCUAGCCUCUAAGGUUUGCUGUCCUGCAUGGUUUAGCCCAGUAACUUGCAGGUUGCUCAGUGGCCGUUGCUGAAGUCAGAGGAUACACGAGGGCACCUGUAUGUGUUUUGUCAUCUCAAACCGUGUUAAGAGUAUACGCCCCUCAUCCUGGGCAGCUGCUAACUACUACCACCAAGAUUUAAUCAAACCUACAAUCUAAUCCCUAUCAAACUUUAUAUAUAGCUUGUUAUGCUGUCUCAUGUGUCGAUGUGUGUCACACACAUUUUUAGCUGUGCUGCCUGUCAGAUGCUCAAGCAACCGCCUGUAACACUAUUGCUGCUCUGUUGACACAACCACUCUGUUUCCUGUUCUAGAUAUGCCAGCUCCUUGCUGACUGGGUCAUUUACAUAUCAAUCAGUGGUCUUCAUGGUUACCAAAUUACAUCCAUUUCACAACAUUCCUUCUCUGUGUUCAACUUGGUGCUGUAGAGGUUUGAAGCAGGAUUAGCUUGUGAAACAUCUCAAGUUUUUGAGCUACAUGCAAAAUGCUGCCAGCCAUGCAGGUGUUAAACAUGUUGAAGAAGGUCCUCUGGUCCAAUAAAAAGCUCAACCUUUUGCCCUACAUGCAAAACGUUAUUUGUUGCACAAUAUUAACAUUGCACAUCAGCUUUAACACAUUAUUCCCACUGUAAAACAUAGUGGGGGCAGCACCAUGCUGUGAGGAUGCUUUUUCUUCUGCAGGAACAGGAGGGCUGAACAAGGUUGAUAGGAAGAUAAAUUGAAAAUUUCACUAAAACCAGGCACGGUGACAAUGAAAUUGAUUAGAUCUUAUCAGUGUGUUAUAACGGUCCAGUCAAAGUCCAGAUCUAAAACCAAAAGAGAAUUUUUAGCUAGAUAUUAAAAUUGCUGUUCCCAGACACUAUGAAGCAAUCUGGAAAGGUGUUUAAAGGGUGUAGGAAUACACACACAUGCCACAUUAUUACAGUUUUCUUAUUGGAAAAAAAGUUAAGUGAAUUAAGACAUGUAUAAGUUUCUUUCACUUCACAAUUCUGCAGUAAUUUUUGUUGCAACAUCAUAUAAAAUCUCAGUAAAAUCUUAAAAAGUGCAAAGGGCAUAUAAGGCACUGGAGAUGCAUUCCUUAACUGAGAAACCAGUCAUCGAAUUGUCAACCAUCAGCUGAUGCGUUUGUUAGUUUAACUUAAAAUAUCAGCUGUCACACAAACGGCCUAAUUCAAUUUCUGACCCAUAGGAGCUAUAGUAGAUCCAAAACAUAAAUCUUUGCAAAAACAAGCCUAAAGGUAAUGUGGGCGAGACAGUAAGUGGUUUUUCAUAAGGCCAUCAUUACUCUAAUAACAUUACGUCUAAUUCAUCAUAGUACAGGCUUUAAAUGACCCCUAGAGUCAGAACAUGGCCUCCUGGGAGAUAGUGUAUUCUGGAGAGAUUUAAGUGAUAUAAUGCUCGUUUGAUUGACGUAGAGAGGGAGGAGAGAGGGAGAUGGACCGUGGCCAAUGAUCUGCAAGCAAAGGAACUAAAGAAGAGGCACAGAAAAGAUUUCAUUGAGAGCGUUUCCCUGCAUACCCUGAAAAUGGGAGCAUGUCACAGAGGAGGAGAGCAGAAACAGAGCCGGUGAUGCUGAGCAGCCAGGUGUUUUAGUCUAUUUAGGCUGUUUCGUUCAUUAGUCCUGCUAACUUCAUAGAUGCGCAGGCUCCAGGUUCAGGCCAUCGGCGGGGAUUGGACAGAUUACUAAUUCUAAACAUUUUGUUCCCAAAAAUGAGAGCCACAUUCAAUAUCCUGCACUAACGCAGGCUGAGGAGAGCUGGAUUUAUUGGGACGCGUUUCUAGCCCUUAAUGUUCUCCAACGGAGACGGGAGGAGCAGAGAGCGGUUCUGGCUCGCAGCCGAUGCCCGGAGAGCUCCAGCAGCGGCGGACGAGAGGGAAAGUGGUACCCGAGUGUCGCUGUUCGUUACCGGGGAUCAGGCUCCGGAAGGCGCUUUCACUGAGGUAUGGGCUGCGCUCCAAGCAUCCACGUCUCUCAGAGCGGGGUGAUCUACUGCCGGGACUCGGACGAAUCCAACUCCCCCCACCAGACCACAACCAUCUCCCAGGGCACCGCGGCCACGCUGCACGGGCUCUUCAUCAAGACAGAUGCGGCCGAGACCAUCCCCUCCGUCAUCACCUACCAGAGCCGCCAUUCGCGCAACAACUCGUGCCGGGACCGAAAGGAGAACAGCGGGGGGCACGUCUGCAUCGAGGCCGAGACCCAGACCAGCCACGCCAGUGUUAAGGUUUCAGCCACAGAAGAAUGUGUGGGACCUAUGAAGCUGACUAAGGAGCCAAUUCAGGUGCUGCUGGUGUUUGCCAAGGAGGACAGCCAGAGCGAUGCCUUCUGGUGGGCCUGUGACCGUGCCGGGUUCAGGUGUAACAUCGCACGGACGCCCGAGUCUGCCGUCGAGUGUUUCCUGGACAAGCACCAUGAGAUAAUAGUCAUUGACGGACGUCACUCGCGUUACUUUGAGCCCGAGGCUAUCUGCCGGAUGAUCCAUGCCACAAAGCACUCUGAAAACACAGUUAUUCUUGCUGUUGUCCCACAAAAACUCCCUGACCAAGAGGAACCAUCUGUUCUCCCUCUCCUCUGCGCUGGAUUUAGCAGAAGGUUUGUGGAGAACAGCAGUGUGUCAGCGUGCUAUAAUGAACUCAUACAGAUCGAACAUGGAGAGGUGCGCUGCCAGUUCAAACUCAGGGCUUGCAACUCUGUCUUCACUGCUUUAGAGCACUGCCAGGAGGCUGUGGAAAUCACCAGUGAGGAUCACAUCAUCCAGUAUGUGAACCCUGCCUUUGAGAGGAUGAUGGGAUACCACAGGGGGGAGUUGAUUGGCAAAGAACUGACCGAACUUCCAAAGAGCGACAAGAACAGAGCUGAUCUGCUUGAUACCAUCAACACUUGCAUCAAAAAAGGCAAAGAAUGGCAGGGCAUUUACUUUGCCAGAAAAAAAUCAGGCGACAACAUUCAACAGCAGGUGAAGAUAUUGCCUGUCAUUGGCCAAGGAGGAAAAAUCCGACAUUUCGUAGCCAUCAAGCGAGCUAAUACCGACAACAAUAAUCAGGUCUUCAAGAUAAACAAGGAAGAUAGAUGCAGCGUUGACCAUACUCAAUCAGGGUGCCAUUCACUACGUCACAGGGACAGAAGGAAAGAUUCAAUCGAUGCCCGAUCGGUUGGUUCCCGUGGCAGUGACGCUCCUAGUUUACAGAACCGGAGAUAUUCAUCUGUUGCCAGGAUCCAUUCAAUGACAAUCGAGGCUCCCAUCACGAAGGUAAUAAACAUUAUCAACGCAGCCCAGGAGAGCAGUCCGGUGACAGUAGCUGAGGCUCUGGAUCGCGUGCUGGAGAUCCUGAGGACCACAGAGCUCUAUUCCCCUCAGCUUGCUUCCAAAGAAGACGAUCCCCACACCAGUGACCUGGUUGGGGGGCUUAUGAGUGACGGGCUCCGAAGACUCUCUGGGAAUGAAUACGUUUUCAGCAAAAAUAUGAGCCAGAGCCAGCUGGCCAUCCCAGUCACACUGAAGGAUGUUCCUCCCUCCAUCGCCGAGAUGCUGAAUGAUGAGGAGCGCUGGGAGUUCAACAUCCUGGACCUGGAGGCAGCUACACAUAAAAGGCCACUCACUUACCUCGGGUUGAAGAUUUUCACCAGUUUUGGAGUGUGUGACUUCCUAAACUGCUCAGAGGCUACGCUACGCUCCUGGCUGCAGCUCAUGGAGGCUAACUAUCACUCUUCCAACUCCUACCACAACUCCACACACGCUGCAGAUGUCCUGCAUGCUACAGCCUACUUCCUCCGCAAGGAGAGAGUCAAGAGCAAUCUCGACCAGCUUGAUGAGGUGGCAGCACUGAUAGCGGCCACAGUCCAUGACGUGGACCACCCAGGCAGGACCAACUCCUUCCUGUGUAACGCGGGUAGCGAACUGGCCAUCCUUUACAACGACACGGCCGUACUGGAAAGUCACCACGCGGCCCUCGCCUUUCAGCUCACCAUCCAUGACAGCAAGAGCAACAUCUUUAAGAACAUUGACAGGAAUCAGUUCCGAACACUGCGACAGGCUAUCAUCGACAUGGUGCUCGCCACAGAGAUGACCAGGCAUUUCGAGCAUGUCAGCAAGUUUGUCAACAGUAUCAAUAAGCCAAUGGCUGCCAUUGAAGAAACCAGCAUGAGUAGCAUGAACAGUGACUGCGAAGGUCAAAGCAACAUCGGAAACUCUCCAGAGAACCGACUGCUGAUAAAGAGGAUGCUUAUCAAGUGCGCAGAUGUGGCAAACCCCUGCAGGCCUCUGGAGCUCUGCAUUGAGUGGGCAGGCCGGAUCUCGGAAGAGUACUUUGCCCAGACAGAUGAGGAGAAGCGACAAGGGCUGCCUGUGGUGAUGCCCGUGUUUGACAGGAACACCUGCAGUGUGCCCAAAUCUCAGAUCUCAUUCAUAGACUACUUCAUCACAGAUAUGUUUGACGCAUGGGAUGCCUUUGCCAGCCUCCCUAACCUGAUGGAACACUUGUCUGAGAACUACAAGUACUGGAAGAACCUGGAUGAGAUGAAGUGCAAGAGCCUGCGUCUUCCACCACCCUCUUGACAUCCUCUUCUCCUCUCCUCUCCUCUCCUCUCUUCUCCUCUCCUCUCCUCUCCUCUCCUCUCCUCUCCUCUCCUCUCCUCUCCUCUCCUCUGGCAUCUUGAACAGGGUCGGACACUAGACGCAGCCCUGCGCUAAAACAAUUAGUUAGCUGUCAUAUGCUGGAGCUCUGAGCCAGAGCGGCGUACGGCAAGAAUAAAGACUAAUUUACUCCUCACAGUGACAAGAUCGCUGAAUGAUGAGCACUGUGGCGCUGUUCUCAUCUUGAAUCCCAGCCACUAUUCUUGUUUCAGCUGAAUGUGGUGUUCUGCCACCAAAAAACAGCUUUUCAUCUGACAGCCUGAAUUGACUGUCUACUGCCACUUUGUUAUGGCACCUCUUUGAUACUGCGUGGACUUCAUGGCUCACCUGACAAUCUUUACCAUACAGUGCAACAUGCCAGAAACCUGCACUUUAGCAAAUCAAGACAUUUGGAUUUCGAGCUCCAGUUUGCUUUUUUUGGCACUUAUUUUUUUCUUUAAACCAACUGUGUCAUUUUAUAUCUGGGUAUUGUUAUAACAGAAAUAGUAGCGAUGAGAGCCAGACCAUGCUUGACCAAAAUUGAGUAUCUCUAUAAUGGUUGUGCUUCUAAGUAGAUGUUAGGGAACAUCUCUAAACUUCCUGUCCAAACUUGUGAAGGUGCUCAGCUCGAAUUAUUUAUCCUUAAUAGCUGCAAAACAAUAAACCACAUGUGCGGGACCAAACUGCAAGCAACCUCUGCCCCUAGUAGCCCUGAGCAGGAAGACCAUAUAAAACAGAUUCCAAGAGCAAAUCUCCAGCGGCAGCAAAGCACCAGGGUGCAGUCCCAGUCUGUGCUAAAAGUUCAGCCCCACAGAAAAACUUGACAACGAAGGUCUGUACUGUAUGUCGUGAGGAUUUUAAGGUCAAGUAGCUAAAAGAAAGUAUUUAAUAACCAUAUAAUCUGCAGCUAUACCUUCUUGCAGCCAAUCCGUCUUUAGUGCACUGUGAAAGCAGCUAAUGAAGACAAUGGAGAUCCUUGUUUAGUCUGUAUGUAAGAACAAACAGAAUGCACUGUACCAGGGUAAAUGUAUCAUUUCUAGCUUUGUGACACUAACUGUAGAAAGGAAUUGGUAGCAUCUGAACAGUAAAUGUAUCUGAUUUCAUGUGGAGCCAAGCCAAUGUCGGACAAAGCUUUUUUUUGCAAUUUGGGGAAGAGGUGGACCUCACAGUGGCCCAAAAAACGCACGAAGGAGGUGCAGGUGAUAAUUGAUUGGCACCUGUGGUAAAGAUGUGAAAAAGCUUUAGAUGUGUUUUUUAUUAAACAGCAGAAUCUCACAGUGAACUUUUUAACUGUUCAUUCACUCACUGAGGAAAAUAAAAUAUCUUAAUAAGAAAUAAAAUGUUUUAAACAAAAACACUAGUGCCACAGUAAGCAGCCCUCCUACAGUAAGUACUUUUUACAGCCCACAGUUUCCAACAGAACAGAACUUCUAUAUCAUUCUACAGUUUUGGAGCAUACAGAGAGAGGGAUCUUUUCUCCAUCUCUCUAGCUUAGACCGAGGCAUUUUAUGGCCCUUUAGCCCUCAGGCGACUCACAGGAACACUGGAAAUCAAGCUAACAUCGUGUUCAUUCUUUGCUCCACUACCAUUAAAUUUCGAUUUCUAUUCCAAACUUAUUUCUUUCACUCGAUGGAGAUGAAAUCCAUUCAAAGGUUGAUAGUUUUUUGUUUUGCACAAUUUAAAGGAAGAACAGAAUGUCAAGGGUUAUGUUAUAAAAGGAAGUUAGAGUAAAAUAGUCAGUGAGGUGGAUCCAAUUUCAUUGUUCGGUUGCAACAUCUGCUUAGACUUAUUUAAUAAGUUUGGGUGUUUAAAAGAGUUUGUGAUGUCACCCGCUCUAGUAAGGUUCCCGGGGCCUUUGGGUGAUAAAACCAGCCCUUAGUAUUACAGAUCCUCCACUGUACAUAACAGUGGACAUGAUGUUUUUCCACAUAUUCAUUCUUUGUUUCAUUUCAAACAAGCCUGUAGUGUUUGCUGCCAAAGAGAUCAGUCUGAUCUGACCAAAGCACACAGGUCCAGGCAAAGUCCCUGUAGAAUUUAGCUAAAUCCACACGUUUACAUGUGUGAAGGUAGGAGAGAAAUGGGUUUGCUCUGGCAACACUCCCAAACAGCUGGUUGGCAUCUCAUAAUUGUGCCAUUGUUGAUUUCGUAAAAGCAAUUAUUCAUUAAUAUGGCAUUAUUUUCCACACGGAAUAAAUGUACUUAAAUUAAAGGUUGGAUUUCUCUUAAAUUUCAGGUGUGAGAUUAUGCUGCUGCUGUAAAAGAUGUAUUAAUUUUAAGGCUUGUCACACAUCUGUACUAAGGUCACAAACAAAUGUUUGGUUUUUCUCCAAUAAGAUCUCAGAUGCUGGAAACACAACCUAAUAAAAAUCUGAGUUUAAUAUUCAAAAGACAAAAAAAGCCUUAUCAAACCCUGGGUAUGUAUGCCCCCUGGUGGACAUAAGGAAUAUUUGCACAUCAACCCAUCACUUAAAUGUGGUAAAGAAAUUACUUAGAUUAUGAUUGGAAAUUUAAAAAAGAUUCACUAAUUUAUUUAUUUAUUUAAUUUCAGGUCAACAGAGCCACAAACCUUCUGGUCACUUUUAAGGUGAAAAAGUAUUGGAAACCGCUAAAGCCAGCAGGAAGAUCUUAUGGUGGUGAUGGUGAUUUUGUGGCUGAAUCUAAAGCUACCCAUGAACCUCUAUUCCCAUGAGAAGAUGUCAUUAUAUAUUACCAGUUUUUUGUUUAGAGUCUGAAUCUUAGCAAGUGAUUUAGGAGGAGCUGUGGCUCCAUAGAUUACACAUUGCAGUGUUAACCAAAGGCACAGAGAUUCCCUCAUAGGUGCCUUAUAUCUUGCUUAUCUUCACAGACACUACAGUAUUUUCAUUGUAUCGGUUCCUGCUCUCUAUACAACGAAAAUCAAGAGAAAAGCCAUAAGUGUUAUAGGUGUUUUUUUUAGAAAAAAAAAAAACAUACAUCUGUGAGGUAUGGACAUCUGUCUUCAGUGGUUCUGUCACAGUGAUCAUGACAUUUUGCCAUGGGUUUUGAAUAAUUUAGGCAAACAUUUUUUGACUCACCUACUGUAUUUGUUGUCCCUUCAUGGAUGAUCAUGGUCAUACUUGAAAGCCUUAAUUCUGUCAUGUCUCGCUGCCUGGGGUGUGCUUUGCUUGUGUCACUCUGUAAAACUACCUUUUAUUCGAAACUCAGUACCAGCUCGGAUUGUUUUAUGGCUCCCUUCAGCGAUCAUGAGGGGAUACUUUUGUUAGUCUAGAGAGAUAUUCUAAAUAUUUAACUUGCACACACCAGACAACCAUGAUUUUUUCAUUGAGCAGCAGCAGCAAGUUGAAUGUUUUAUGCAUUCAGAGUCUUUUAGCCUCGCUUUGUGUCUACUGAGGCAGAACCACAAACAGCUUCACCUUCAUCCACAACGCUGAUGGCCGUGACUGUGAGAUCGUGCCAAUCCUGAGCUUUGCACCAUUUAUACAUGAAAACGAGUGAUAUAUUUAUAUAUAUACACAUAGACAGAGAGACAUAUAUCUAUAUCUCUAUAUAGAUAUAUAGAUUUUCUUAAUUAUAUAUAGAUAUAUAUAAAUAUAGUUAAGAAAAUCUACAGUAUAUAUGGAUAUAUAGAUAUAGCUAAGAAAAUCUAUUUUUGAGAAAAUUAUUAUUGGUAUUAUUAUUGUCCCCUGUGACAACUGUACUGUGUUUUUAAAGAUUUUACUCUCAUGCAGAAUAAUUGCUAAAGCUUUUCAGUUCAGCUUCCUAAAAUCUGCCAUGUUUGUUUGUUUUGAAAGUUUCAUGUAUUUCUCUCUCCACAUUAUGUCUUAUUUUGAUGUUUUCUGUAAAACAAGAAAAGUAAUGUGAGAGAUGAAUAAAGCAUUAUUUAACUAUU